AUGCAGCAAUGUAAUCGAGCAUUGCGCCGAAAAAAUGCUCUAUGGAAUUACAUUAACGAAUGGACGAACUGUUUUCGUGGCUUUGACCUAGACAAUAGCGGAAAUAUUGACAAGUCAGAGUUGCAGAAUGCUCUUUCUAGAUUUGGUUAUCGUUUGUCCGACCAGUUCUACAACAUCCUAAUGUUGAAGUUUGAUCGAACACAUACUGGACACAUCAAUUUCGAUGAUUUUAUCCAAUUAUGUGUGGUGUUGCAGACUCUCACUGCCGCAUUCAGAGACAAGGACGCGGAUCGAGAUGGUGUGAUUACGAUACAAUACGAGGAAUUUUUAACAAUGGUGUUUAGUUUGCAGAUGUGA